AUGGCCGCUGCAAGAGAUAAUUCUAAGCCCUACAUACCUGUUGCUGGUGGUGCGGAUGAUGGCUGGUCAAAAGAAGGCCAGGCGACAGCUACAUGCUACUGUGGCGCAGUACAGUUGGCCUUUCCAACACAAGGUCCAGGCCUAAUCGACACAUUCGUGUGCCAUUGCGUGGACUGCCGAAAAAUCACCGCAUCCAUGUUCACCACCGCUUUCAUUGUGGCAGACACACAUCUGAAACACAUACGUGGCCAACAAACCCUCAAGUCAUUUAGCCAGUCGAAAACUAUAGCCUCCGGCAAGGCAAUGACAAAUUUUUUCUGUUCUACAUGCGGCUCGCUCAUGUACCGCAUCAGUGAAGUGUUCCCGGGAUAUAGUAUCCUGCGUACCGGAACAGUGGACGAUUUUACCCUACAUGAAACGAAAUUGAAGCCCAGGUGUGAGGUAUAUACCAGCAACCGCGUGGGAUGGCUUCCGGGUGCAAUUGAUGUGGAGCAGGUUAAGGGAGCGGCUUUAACUCCGAAGGGUCAUGGUCCUUCUGAACUCACGAAGUAA